UGAGUAAAACUUUUUGCCAGGAACGCCAGGAAAGAGUAAUGUUAUAGCCCGUAAUAAUCGGGGACUCAAUCUUGGUGGAACAGAAUACGAAGAGAGAGCCAAGCAAUGAACCAUGAAUAGCGCUCUAUUCCUUCCUUUCCUUAGAACCAAUGCGACACUUCAUAGUAUUAUUACUUGCUAUUUUAUUGGCAUCCAGUGUGAUGGCAACAACAACCGCCAGUUCAACCACGAAGGCAGCAACCACCACCACCACCACCAAGAAAACAACCACGGCAACUAAACCGAAGACGGCUUCGGUUGUCCCUACCGACACAGCAGCCUUAGCGUCAUCAUCCUCAACAACGGAUGUAUCGACGACGAUCAUCAGCAAUGCUACCAGCACGGAUGGAGGCGGCUUCCAACAGACGCAGAUUCCUAUUAUCACCCAAGUUUAUGGAGGCAGCAGUGGUGGGGCUCAGCUGGCGGUUGGCAGUGGUGGUUUCAUUUUGGCGGUGUCACUGGCUCUGGCUUUUGCCCAAUGAGGUUAUCCCU